UUAAUACUACAAGCGUGUACAGUGCCAGCACACAUACAUCAUUGUACAUCACCAGCACCCCUUUACGCGCACACGCUCGGGCAAACAGCUGGAGACCUCGAUCAUUUGUUUGAGCGCCGGAUGGCAGUAUCCAUCUUUCUAGGCAUCUACUAAUCCCAUCUCUUCUCAUGCGUGGCAACCGGGCUGGGCUGCAUGUCACGGAGAAGACCCUAUUAGACGCGAUGCAGUGGAUGACUCGUAUAGUCUAUGAUAUAUGUACGUGUGUGUGUGUGUGUGUGUGUGUGUGUGUGUAUGUGACUUCUUUCCCUUCUCUUUUCCCUAGCCCCCUGGCACAUACAUAUGCAUUGUCAUUACUCCCUAUAAGGCCUCCAUGCGACCAUCGUUACCGCAAAGGGGGCCAGCAGGACAAUCCUUCCAAGAUUCUGUGCCUCUAUUGCCAGAGCCCGCUGUCCCAAGAUACAUAUACAUACUUAUUUACGCGGACCCGCAUCGCGGCCGCUACCCUCCCCUACCGCCUCGCCUUACCUCCGCCGCUGGGGAUCCUUCUGAGAAAAAAGGAAUGUCUCGCCGCCCUUCAGUGGCCCGGGGUCGUUGGCCCUGGAGCUGGAGCUGGAGGAGGGGGCAUCAAGCGUUGAGGCUGCUGCCUCUCCCCUUUGGGGUUCAGACCGCCGGCUAUCCAUCCAUAUCCCGGCUAUCGAAACAUUUUCUUCUUUCCUGUCGUUCCUUAAAGACCUGGCCCUUGUUCCUUUUCCGCUGCUCAAAGUUGACUUCAUUUCCGUAGCUUGCAACUAUAAGGCACCCUGUCCUGGCUAAUACAGGACGAACCAUUAUAGUCUGGCAGCUAACCUUCUUUUUCCUCAGCUCAAUUGCUUCCAUCUCGCU